AUGAGGAUAGAUUUACCUUGCUAUUUGUUGUCGUCUGUGUUGCGUAGAGUAGACGGAGUUAAUGAUGUUGACCAGCCGCUGUCUGUUGAGGACGAUAACUCUCAUAUAGUUGACGAUUUAUAUGGACACCUGUUAGCGGUGCCGGAUCUAAAUCCAGCCGGUACGGAACGUUGCCGAUGUAUUGUUUGGGCCGGAUUGUUGACAUUGUUUAUAUUAAAUAUCGUGUUGGUCGACGAGCGAGGCAAUUCAUUACUAGGUUGUUUUGGCUAUUGUACAGGUUUUCGCAGACACGUGCCACGUGCAGCCAGGGCAGCUAAAGGAGAGGAACCGCAGAAAAGGAAAAAACUUUCAGGAGCGCAAUUUCGACAACAAAAACGAGAAAAGGAGGUACAGAAAGAAAAACUGGCUGGUUCUAUAAUGAAAUUUUUAAGCAAGCCAGAAAAUAAGGAAACGGAAUGUCAAGAAAAUAUUUACGUAGCUUCAACAAGCACAGCUUUAAAUCCAGAAGCUAUGGAGGUAUCUGAAGAAAAAUUUGUAUGUUGUAGUCCUUCUUCAGAAGGAGACUCCAGAAAAACUAAAACAAGAGAAGGUACUACUGAAGAACCUGUAAGCAAUUUAGCGUCGUCAUUGAUAUGUAGCAGUUUAGAUUGUGGUAAUGAUCCCGGUUUGUGGCCUGCCGGCAUGACUAAUGAUCUUAUUAAUAUUUUGGUUAGUCGUGGUCUCGUACAGGUGUUUAACUACAAUUUUCCAGCUAAUGACGCUGGAAGAAAAUUUGCAAACAAUUAUUAUUCUAGAAAUCUUCCCAAUGGAGAAAAAAUUAACAGAGAAUGGCUUGUUUACUCUAUUUCAAAAGAUUCAGUCUAUUGUUUUUGUUGUAAAAUAUUUGGUAAAACUGUAAGUAGUUUGUCUGCUUUGAACGGUUUUUCUGAUUGGCAGCAUUUAUCAUUAACAUUGAAAAGACACGAAACAAGCGUUUCCCACAGUGAAAAUGUGAAAUCGUGGGUACAAUUGAAUAAUAUGUUAAAAAAUAAAACUACUGUAAAUCAAAUGCAACUGAGACUAUUAGAAUUAGAAAAAAAACAAUGGUGUGAUGUAUUAGAAAGAAUCAUAGCCGUUAUUAAAUUUUUAUCUCAUCAGUGUCUGGCUUUUCGGGGCGCGUCAAAAACAUUAUAUGAGCAUGAUAAUGGUAAUUUUCUAAAAGCAAUCGAAAUGAUAGCAUCCUUUGAUUCAGUCAUGCGGGAACAUAUUCACAGAAUUCAAUCCUCGAAAUCUGAUUCGAGUCAUAUGACUCAUUAUUUAGGAGAUCAAAUUCAGAAUGAAGUCAUUGAUUUACUCGGCACAACCAUAAAAAAUUAUAUACUGGACAAAGUCAGAAAAGCAAAAUAUUUCUCCAUUAUAUUAGAUUGCACACCAGAUGCAAGUCACACAGAAGAAAUUACAGUUGUACUCAGGCAUGUUCUUUUAAACAAUGAAACUAAAAAUGUUGCGAUAUGCGAAAAUUUCGUUGGUUUCUGUCCGAUCACAAGCUCCACAGGUAAAGGUCUAUUAAAUUUUGUUUUGGAUUUAUUUUCACAUUUAAAUCUCGACAUUCAAAACUUACGCGGUCAAUGUUACGAUAAUGGUUCUAAUAUGCGUGGAAAACGCAAUGGAUUGCAAAAAAAAAUUUUGGAAAUGAAUAAUCGAGCAUUUUACGUUUCAUGCUCGGCUCAUAGUCUCAAUUUAGUAGUCAAUGAUGCAGCAAAUAUUACGCACGAAACUGUGAAUUUUUUUAAUAUAAUUCAAGAAUUUUACGUUUUCUUUUCAUCGUCUACGAAAAGGUGGUCGAUAAUUGUCAAACAUUUACCAGAUUUCAAAUUAAAAGCUUUAAGUGCCACGCGGUGGUCAAGCAGAAUUGAUGCAGUCAAACCAUUACGGUAUCACCUCGAAAAAAUAUUUGAUGCUUUGCUGGAAAUAUCUGAUAAUUCGUCGGAAUGGGAUUGUAUUACAUCUCACAAAGCUCAUUCGCUUGCUUUGAACAUCCAAAAUUAUAGAUUUAUUUGCUCGAUUGUAAUUUGGUUCGAUAUUUUAAACGAAAUUAAUGCUCUGAGCAAAAUGAUGCAAAAAUAUCGCACGGAUGAACACUUUGAAAGGGUGUUAGAAGAAGCUAGCAAUGUGGCUCACGAACUCAACGUAGAAACAGAUUUCCCACCAAUAAACCAAUUCGUCCAAGAAGAAAACCAACACAAAUUCAAUAUGAACAUAGUGAUGAAGUUUUACUAG